AUGUCCACCUCAGAAGCAGAAGAUUUUCUGACGGAGCUCCCUCCUUUACCAGACCAUGAGUUUUGCAUCUAUGGCACUGUCUACGCCUACCCAGAGCACGCAGAUGCCCUCGAAGCAGUCUACGCCGAAACAACCCGACUCGCGCAAUAUGAACCGGGUGUAAUUUACUAUUGUCUCACCCGGGACAGCAAGGAGCCGCACAUCUUCUAUUUCUUUGAACAGUACACGGGAAAGAAGGCAUUCGAUGACCACAAUGCGCAGCCUAUCAUUCAGAAAUUGAUGGAUGAUAAGUACAUACGCGGGGUGAAGGCGAAAUUCGGGAGUCAAAUCAAACCGGUCUGCGCAAAGUGA